AUCAACUGUAGUCAAAUCUUAAGACUUUUUAAAGAUCAUUCAUUGAUACAAAACAGCAGUUUUUGCGUGCGUUUUUUUACGACGAAAAGUUCGAUAUUUUUAUGUAAUCAGUGACAUUGAAUCAGUCGCUUGUAAAGUGUUUCCGAUGAAGCACGUGUGCUUCUAACUAAAAUGUACAAAUUCAUAUUACUUCUGGUGAUAAUCAAAUGCUUAUAUUGUGAAGAAUCAGGUCCCAUUGUGAUUACGAAAAAGGGGGCGAUAAAAGGAUUACCGGGGAAAGAUGGCUUCAUUAUGUUUCUGGGCGUACCUUACGCUCUGAUUGAUGAAAGCAAUCCAUUCGGGGCGGCGUUGCCUCAUCCUGGAUUCAAUGAAACUUACGAAGCUUUUGACGAUAGUAUCGCAUGUCCUCAGACCACCAGAAGUGGCGCGCUAUUAGGUACCAUGCAAUGCUUGCAACUAAACAUAUACGUACCAAACAACGCUAACCUCAGCAACAAGGUACCUGUCAUGGUCUACAUUCACGGAGGAUCCUUCAUCCGAGGUAGCAAAGCGAUAGAAAACCUAUCUCCUAAAUUUCUUAUAAGAAAUGACGUCAUAAUAGUCUCUAUAAACUACAGAUUAGGCCCAUACGGCUUCCUAUGUAUCAGCGCACCUGGCUACAGCAACCAAGGCUUGAAGGACCAAGUUUUGGCCUUAACAUGGGUUAAAGACAACAUUGAAGCGUUUGGAGGAGAUAGUUCCAAAAUCACAGCUAUUGGUCAGUCAGCAGGAGCCAUGACCUUAGACCUUCAACUGCUGACCAAUAAAAAUUUAGUUCAAAGGGUAAUUAUUCAAAGUGGUACGGCGUUGACAACGUGGGUUAUAGGCAGGCGUAAUGAUAGUAUACCGGUAAACUUAGCCAGUAAACUUGGAUAUUCUGGUAAUGAUGUUCAUGGAGCACUACAUUAUCUUGCUGAUAAGGAACCAAUGGACAUUAUACAAGCAGGUGUGGAUACAGGGAUAUCUAACGCACACCCAUUAACAAAACCAUGUGUUGAAAUAGUAGGUGAAGAUGCAUACCUAACAGAUUUUCCAGUCAACCUGCAGCCUCAAGUUAAAGGAAUGGAUAUUAUGAUCGGCCACACAAAUAAAGAAGUUAUGUUUAUAUAUCCUAGAGAGUCUAACAAAGAGUACUACGAGAACUACAGGUUUGCAGAAGAAUUAGAACAAGGUUUUGACAAUGUUUACGAUGAGGAUAAUGUACGACAUUUUUAUACUGGUGAUAAAGAUUUGAGCUUGGAAACACAAAACGAUGUCUUUGUUUUUGGAACUGAUUUCGUAUUCGCCUACCCUGCAGAGAGAACCGUUAAUAGAUAUUUGGAAGCACAUGCAAAUAAAGUGUAUCGAUACUUGUUCGCUUACGAAGGUGGCAGGAACAGGAAUAAAGUGUUGGGGAAUUUCACUGCACCUGGAGCGUGCCACGGAGACGAUUUGGGAUAUUUGUUUGAGAUGGAAAUAUUUAAGGGUGUCGUCCCCAAUGAAGAUGAUCAGAAAAUGAUUGAUGUUAUGACUACAAUGUGGACGAAUUUCGCGAAAUAUGGAGAUCCAACUCCGUCUUUAACAGACAUAAUUACAACGCAAUGGGAACCCACAAAAACUGGAUCAACACGGCGGCCAUAUUUGCUAUUGAAUCAACCAAUCACACUCGAAUAUCGAUUAUUUCACAGAAGGAUGGCUUUCUGGGAACUUUAUUAUAAACUGUAUAAGAAUGAAGAAAGGGGAUUUAAUAGGAAAUAAGAUUUUAUACAUCUAGCGAAGUGUGUUUUGUAUCUUUAUGUAUAUAAUUCUGCUGUACGUGUGUAUGUCAUUGAACUCCUCCUAAACGGCUUGACCGAUUUAAAUGAAUUUUGCUGUAUGCGUUUAAGUGGUGGCGCUCUUGCUGGUUUAGAUUCAUAAAUCAGCCCGGCAGAUGGCGCUGAUUGCUUGAAAAAGCAC